CGUCGUUUUUCAGACCCAUACGUGAAGAUAUGCUUAAUCUACAACGACAAAACGAUCGCGAAGAAAAAGACUCGCGUGAAAAAGCGCAGCCUGGAGCCGGUGUUCAACGAGUCGUUCGUCUUCGACGUGCCACCAGGUGACAUGGACCUGAUGAAUUGCGUCAGUUUCGAGUUUUGGGUCGUCGACUGGGAUCGCAUAACGAAGAACGAAGUGAUGGGCAGAGCGGAGGUCGGCUACAGGGCAAAGACGUACAAGGGCAGAACUCACUGGGAGGACGUCUGCCGCAAUCCACGAAAACAGAUCGCCGAAUGGCAUCGCCUCUGGCCAUGA